CUUUUAAUCGACCGAACACGAAGUCCUUUCCCCGUCGUCUUCAUCAACUCAUCCAUGUCUUUAACGUAAAAAGUCACUCACAGACCAAGAAAACUUGCAUUGCCUCAUUUACUUCUCCAUUAAAACAGCACAUAAAUAAGACCCAGAUAGCCCUUUUGACCUGUUUCUUCCUUGAUGUUUUCUUGACCAUUAACGAGGAAAAGAGGUGGAGAUUGAUCUGUAUUUGUAUUUAUACUUAAAGAGAGAUGUUGGAGAAGAUUAGAUUACCAGCAAGGCCAUCAUUGAGAGGGAAUGAUUGGGUAGCUGAUGCUUCACAUUGUCAGGGAUGCUCUUCUCAGUUCACUUUCAUCAAUCGCAAGCAUUAUUGCCGAAGAUGUGGAGGUUUGUUUUGUGGCAAUUGCACUCAGCAAAGAAUGGUUUUGCGAGGUCAAGGUGAUUCUUCUGUGCGUAUUUGUGAUCCUUGUAAAAAGUUAGAAGAGGCUGCAUGUUUUGAGACGCGGUACGGACACAAGAAUAGAGCUGGGAAAGGAAGUUCAAGAAUGAUGCCAAAGAACGAGGAUGAAAUUUUGAAUGAGAUUCUAGGCACUGAUAGAAAGGAAUCUUCUUCAUCAGGACGACAGUCGAACACUGACAUGUUUUCUAGCAUUCAAAGGGCAAGUAGCUGUGCUUCCUACUCAAAUACUCAACAAGUUGAUGCUCUGGAUGGAGGAGAAAUACAUAGAAGUCAUUCUGUGGAUGAUCGCAAUCAUGUAUAUAGUGAGGUGGGAUCAACCACUCCUGAGGAAUUACAUCAACAAGCUUUGGAUGAAAAGAAGAGGUAUAAAAUUUUGAAAGCUGAGGGGAGGUCUGAGGAGGCCUUGAAAGCCUUUAAGAGAGGAAAGGAGCUUGAGAGGCAGGCUGAUGCUUUGGAAUUGUCUACUAGAAAAAAUCGUCGGAAGGUUUUGUCUUCUAGCAACACAGUUGAGAUUCAGAAUGAAGAUGGCCCCAAAGAAUCUGUCAGAAAAAGUAAACGCCUUGCUCAAGUCAAUGAAAAGGACAGCUUUACUGCUGAACUCAGAGAACUAGGGUGGUCUGAUAUGGAUCUCCAUGACAAAGACAAAAAACUGGUGAAAAUGAGUUUGGAGGGUGAACUGUCUUCUCUUCUUGGAGAAAUCUCUGGUAGAACUAAUAAGAACACGGGAAGCAGUGGCAUUGACAAAACCCAGGUUUUUGAACUUAAAAGAAAGGCGCUAGCUUUGAAACGUGAAGGAAAGCUUGCCGAAGCCAAGGAAGAAUUGAAGAAAGCAAAAGUUUUAGAACAGCAGCUUGAAGAACAGGAGUUGUUGGGUGUGAAUGAAGAUUCUGAUGAUGAGAUAUCUGCUUUAAUCUCUAGCAUGGACAGUGAUCAAGAAGACAAGCUAUUUGCUGAGGAUGAGCAGGGUCAUGGUUUUGAUUUUGAUCACCUUGUGGGCACAGCUGAUGAUCUCCAUGUUGAUGGUAACUUUGAAGUGACAGAUGAGGAUCUGGUGGAUCCAGAAUUAGCUGCUACACUUAAAUCAUUAGGCUGGACUGAUGAUUCUGAUACUUUGGAAACCACUGCUACACAGUCUGUCCCAAUUGAUAGGGAAACUCUACGAAGUGAAAUUCUUUCACUGAAAAGAGAAGCACUUAAUCACAAACGAGCUGGCAAUGUUGUAGAGGCUAUGGCUCAUCUAAAGAAGGCAAAGUUGCUUGAGAGGGACCUUGAAAGCUUGGGAGGUGAAGUGGGCAGCUUAAUUGCACAUGAUACCACACGAAUGAUGAAAAGUUCACCUUCCCAAAACACUAAUGCAAAGAGCACUCCGAGUUCUAAACCUGCACCAAAAAGUAGAUUGAUGAUUCAGAAAGAGCUCUUGGCUAUAAAAAAGAAGGCUCUUGCUUUGAAAAGGGAAGGUAGAUUGGAUGUGGCAGAGGAAGAGUUGAAGAAAGGCAAGGUUCUUGAACAGCAGCUUGAAGAGAUAGACAAUGCUUCAAAUGUCAAAGGGAAACAGGUGGCUGUUGGGAGUAAGAACCCAGAUUUGGAAAAUGAACAUCCUAGUAUUUCUGGAAGUCCACCAAUUAGAGAAGGGGAGGAGGAUGUAACAGAUCAAGAUAUGCAUGACCCAGCAUACCUUUCACUCUUAAGGAACUUAGGUUGGAAAGAUGAUGACAAUGAGCAUGCAAACUCUCCAUUUAACCCUCCUAAGGAAAGUGAUAACCUUUCUACUCAAACAAUCAAUCCUUUAGUCACUCGGUCUACAUCCAAUAUCUCAUUGAGGACACCAAGAAGAAGCAAAGGUGAAAUACAGAGAGAGCUUUUAGGCCUGAAAAGAAAGGCUCUUACUUUAAGACGUGAAGGUAAGAUUGACGAGGCAGAGGAAGUGCUUAUAGCAGCAAAAGCAUUGGAGACCCAGAUUGCAGAGAUGGAAACACGGAAGAAAGAAAUUCAGAUUGAGUCUAACAAGCCCAAGGAUGAAAUUGUCAGACCUGUUAGCAGUGCAGCAGAGGAAGGAGAUGUAGAUGAUAUUGCAGAGAAAGAUAUGCAUGACCCAUCCCUGCUCUCAUUGCUAAUGAAUUUAGGGUGGAAGGAUGAUGAAGUUGAAGUUGUAACCGUGCAAGCAAAGCCAUCUAAACAAGUUUUGGAUCAUUUGAUGCAUUCAACUGAUCCAUCCACAAUUCUGCUCUCUUCCAGCAUUUCAGCUGCCAGACCAAGAAGCAAAGGUGAAAUCCAGAGAGAGCUCUUGGGUUUGAAAAGAAAGGCCCUUUCCCUUAGGCAUAAUGGAGAAAAUCAGGAAGCUGAGGAAUUGUUGAAAAUGGCCAAGGUACUAGAGUCCCAAAUAGAUGAUCUGGAAGCUCCAAAGAAGGAGCUUUUCCCUGAUGCUUCUGAAGACAAAAAAUAUCAGAGUACUGGAUCAUUGAAUAAUCAUGUAAAGCAGAAUAAUGUGAACAACUCAGUGGAAAUGAUUGAAAAAUUGGCGGCGGCGGCAGCAGCAGUGGAUCCUAAUGAAAAAGUUAUCGAGUCAUUCACUGGUUUAGGAAGAAAGGGAAGUGACAAAACUGCUCCUCCCUCAUGGAGUCCUGAUAUUGUCAAUCCAGUGCCUUUUGAGAUCAAUGAAGACAACCGUCCAUCUGUAGGAGAGCUUGAUCUAUUGGAUGAAAUGGGAUCCUUAAGUAACUCGAGAAUAAAUCAAGGCACCGAGUUCUUUCCUCCACCUCAUCAGUCUAUGAAUCCGAUGGAUUUGCUGACUGGUGAUGAUUGGAGUAGUCCUCAAAUACCAGCCAGAAAAUUUGAAGAUAAAGUCGAUUUUGGUUCUGAUAUAUCCUGCCUGCCUGAGCCUCAUGUUCAUGUUGGCUCCUUGAGAAGUGGGCUUGAAAAUCUCAGAAGCAAGGACAGAGAAGCCAAUUCUAUUUCUGAUGUUUUCCAUUUUCCUGAUCCCCAUGUUCAUAUGGGUUCCAUGAUACAUGCACCUAUGGAUCUUGGAAGCACAGAAAAUGUUAGAACUGGAAAGAGAGAAGAAACAUUUAAUUCAGGCAAGAAGCCCCAUGUUGAUAGAACAGAUUCUGCUCAGGGAUUGGCUUCUCAGAACAACAAAAAUGCCCUUCAACAAGAAGUUUUGGCUCGUAAGAGGAAGGCAGUUGCGUUAAAGAGAGAAGGGAAAUUGGCGGAGGCUCGAGAGGAACUUCGGCAGGCAAAGCUGUUGGAGAAGAGUCUUGAGGUCGAGACCCUUGAGCCUGUAAGUGGUACCCAUGAUGGGUCAACAUCUGUGUCAAAUGCUCCCCCUUUUCAACAAAAGGAUCCCAGUGCCCCAAAAUUUUCUCCAAAACCACUGUCUGGGCGUGAUCGAUUUAAGUUGCAACAGGAGUCACUGAGCCACAAACGUCAGGCCCUAAAGCUGCGAAGAGAAGGCCAGGUGGAAGAAGCAGAAGCUGAGUUUGAAUUGGCCAAGGCUCUGGAAGCCCAGUUGGAUGAAAUGUCUUCUAAUGAUUCUGGAAAGUCUUCUGUCAACAUAGCAGAACCAGUAGAUGAUGUAGUUGUUGAAGAUUUUCUCGAUCCUCAACUUCUAUCUGCCUUGAAAGCAAUUGGAAUUGAAGAUAGCAGUAUUAUAUCACAAAGUUCAGAGAGACCAGGACCUGCAAAAGUUAGUCCUACCAAGAGUGAAAAAAAUAGCCAGGAAAGAAAUCAGAUGGAAGAACGGAUCAAGACAGAGAAGGUAAAGGCAGUAAAUCUGAAACGUGCAGGGAAGCAAGCUGAAGCUUUGGAUGCUUUCCGACGGGCCAAAUUAUAUGAAAAGAAACUAAAUUCCUUGGAAUGAAUUUGAUCAUUAAGGAUGCUUGAGAAUCUUCCAAGUAUGUUUUCAGGAACACAUUUGGAUUAGAGAUAAAUAAAGUUCCUUUUCCCACGUUGGAUCCGUACGAAUUUGUAUUAUAGAAACUAGAGGGACAGUGUACCUACCACAUGAAUUUGCAUACCUUUAUGGUAAGAGAGAGAGUUCUCAAAUGGUUCUCAAGCAGGUUCUUCUCUGCUGUAAUGUCUGAUUUAUUUAUUUUAAAAAACGACAACAGUUUGAGCUGUUUGGCUUCA